AAAAUAGAAGCACGAGAAAGAAAAAUCAAAGAAGAAGAAGAAAAGGAAAAGAGAAGGCAGACGCAAUACAGAGUCUCUCUCAAAGCUCAACGAGUCUAUCGUCUCUCUCUACCUUUCUCUCUCUUCCCUGUAUUUGAACUGCGCUGCGUUCGUGUGUGGGGGUGAGCAUUCUGUGUUUCUUCUGGGGAGUAGUGGGUGCGAUGGCGCAGCUAGCGCAGGCGGAAGCAUGCGCGGCUAGGCAUGUGCAAGUAUGGCGAGCUCUGGUAAAUUGGGUAGCUUUCCUAUUUCAAAUCUUCCUCCAGAUCGUGCGAGGCGCGCCGUCGCUUCUCUCCUUCAUCGGCCUCCGAUACCCCCUCCUCUCCUCUUCCUCUUCUCUGCCUUUCAAGCCCUUGCCCGACGCGGACCUCCCUCUCAGCGACUUGCUUCCGCCUCCGCCUCCGCCGCCGGUGCGCUGCCUUAGUGUCAAUGGAGGGGGAGGAGUUGGGGGUGAUGAUCGUCGUACACAGAAGCUCACGGUAGUGCUGGACUUAGAUGAGACCCUAAUAUGUUCUUAUGAAACAGCUGGCUUACCUGCCACCAUUCGCACUCAAGCAACAGAAGCGGGAUUGAAGUGGUUUGAGCUGGAAUGUUUAUCUUCAACCAAGGAGCGCCAGGGAAAACCUAAGGUUAAUUAUGUAACUGUGUUCGAACGACCGGGUCUACAGGAGUUCUUAGAACGAAUUGGUGAAUUUGCAGAUCUUGUUCUAUUCACAGCUGGUCUUGAAGGUUAUGCUAGACCACUGGUUGACAAGAUAGAUGUUGAAAAUCGAUUCGGCCUUCGACUUUAUCGGCCUUCAACAGUUAGGACGAAUUAUCGAGAACAUGUGAAGGAUCUGGCUUGUUUAUCGAAGGAUCUAUGUCGAAUUGUUAUUGUUGACAACAACCCGUUCAGUUUCUUGUUGCAACCAUUGAAUGGGAUCCCAUGCGUACCAUUCUCAGCAGGAGAGCCCCAUGAUGAGCAGCUUUUGGAGGUCCUCCUUCCACUCCUCAAGCACCUAUCUUUGCAGAAUGAUGUGAGGCCAAUACUACAUGAAAAGUUUCGCAUGCCGGAGUGGUUUCAAAUGCAUGGAAUUCCUGCACCUAGAGGUUGACGCUGUGAGCUAGCUACGCAUUACUACUUAUGGGGGAACCUUGAUUCUUGUUGAGUUAGCUUGUCAGAUACCACAUGGGAGCUUCCCAUUACUCGUAUAUUAUCACUGUGAAAAUAGAUGCCAUUAAUGUUAUUCAAAAUUUUGUCAGGCUGCCUGUAAGUGAAACAACUACAUAGCCUAGCCUACAUGAGGUGCGCCAAGCAUAGUACUUCGAUCCUGAUUCUCGCAAUUUUUGUGUACUCAGAUUGGGUUUCCAUGAAAUUACAAACCCAAGAUUAAUAGAUGGUUCUACUCCUUUUCUGGUUAA